GCAACAUGGAAAGCCUGCAUGCAUUUCUGCUGGUCUAUCUUCUGACAUGUCUGGGACAACUAGGAUAUGGAAGUGACAUCAUACAUGGUAAAAAAGCACCAGAUAAAUCAAUGUUGUAUAUGGCUUCUGUGCAGAACAGCAAGGGUCAUGUAUGUGGAGGAUUUCUUGUCACUGAGGACUUUGUUGUAACGGCUGCACACUGUGACACUGUGAACAUCACACAUGUUGUUAUUGGCAACCACAAUCUCCAGCAGGGAAGUAAUACAAAAAUAAUCGUCGAAAAGAAAUUCAAGCCCAGCAGUUUUAAUGAUGUUUGGCUGGGCGAUGACAUCAUGCUCCUUAAACUAUCUAGGAAAGCUCAACUAGGCUGCAAAGUACAAAUAAUUCAACUUCCAUGUGCUGAAAUAACUUUGGAAGAAAAUCAAAUUUGUCAAGUGGCUGGAUGGGGAACAACUAAAAAUGGUGGCUCAGUUGUCGAUGACCUGAGAGUUGUGAAUGUGUCUGUCAUUAACCCAGAAGUCUGUAGGGAACAAUGGCCCGGUCUUCCUGUCAAUGUUAUCUGUGCAGGUGGGUACGGCACAGACAAAGGAUUCUGUCAGGGUGAUUCUGGUGGUCCUCUGGUGUGCAACGGGUUAGCUGUUGGUAUUGUUUCUUUCAACAAAUAUCGCAACUGUAACUACCCAGAUGUGCCCAAUGUCUAUACGGACAUCUCAAAAUACCUUCAAUGGAUCAACAAAGUUCUGGCAACUACAAAACCUUCCUAAAAAUGUAUUUUUGCAUUACUACAAUAGAAGCAAAAAUAAACAUUUUGCUCUCUGUCAUGAUCCUGGGUUUUAGCUUCGGUUUUUAUUUCUAUUUACUCAUGUUCUAGAGUCGUUAGCCCUUGAAUUGUUGUAUUUUAGAUCUGUUUUGUUUCAUAUUUAUUGUACCGCCAGUGUUUCCUCAGUCUCAAUCUCAGAAAUUUUAAGGAUCUAUACUUUAUUUAUUUAUUUCUCUGGCAACUUUUUACUGUUUACUGUGCAUUUUUACACAAAUUUCUGUACUUUCUUCUUUCUAUUCCAUGCAGACUUGUUACUUUAGGUUUAAGACAUUUGCGGGGAGUUUUUAUUUCACAUCACUAUCCUCCUUUCAACAUUAAACUGAUCUGAGAUUAAAUGGAAGGAACCAAUAACACAUAAAGGACAAUCCUACUGGAGCUUAUCGCAUACAAAGAUGAAAAGAUGAAAUGUGUCAUUCAUAGCGCUAUACUCAGGGGUUAAAGAGGACAUCGACAGUGAAACUGGUGUUUCAGACGUUUCUAGGUCAUAGCAGGGCUGAGUCUGGCUGGUUCAUGGUUAGUACUUAAUAUUCUAACCAAUUUCCUGUUAUCUGAGGGCCUGGAAGAUGUUUGGGUCUUCUUUUGGACCUUGGCAAAGUGAUGACACAUCAGAGUAAAUUGUACUAAUUAUUUAAACUGAUAAUCUGCUUGUUUAGAAAUGGCUCAAUUUGUGUAAAUCUUAGUUUCUUGGACAUUGUUAUGAGGACCUAGCAAGAUUAGCCCUGCACCUUGUCAAAUUAAGACAUUGUAGAGCCUUCACCAUCACUUAUUAAAAGAUUUAAGUGAGGGUAUGUCUAUAUUUAAGCCUGUAUAUAAAAUUUUAAUUUUCACUCUAACUGGAUUAGAGAAAUUUCACAAUGCAUUCAAAAUUGGACACCAAAUUCUGGUUUCCAAAAUUCAUAAAAGUUGUACAAUCAUUCCACCUUAAAACAGAAACAGUUCAAAGAAAUUAUUAAAAGCCCCAAAUUAAGUAUGACAUUCAUGCCCAUGAUGAUUAUAUGCAAACUAAUGAUCACAACUUCAUUUCCAGCUCAGCUGUCACAUGAACAAUCUGCAAAGAUUUUGUUUACCGCACUUGCAGACUUUCAACUCUUCACAUGGGUGGCUUGUUCUGGAAAGAUGGAACCACGAUGUGAUAUAUGCACACAUUUCAGUUUCAGAAUUGUUACAAACCUAAAUUCAUACUGUAUGA